AUGCUCCGCCUCGCAGCCGCGGGCGCCGUUCUCUGCGCAUCCUGCUCCGUCCGUGGCAAAACCAAACCACCUGAUCUGAUCUGGGAUGAGCGGCGUUCAGAUGGGCCUCAGCACCAAGCCGUUGACGCAGAUGAAAAGGAAAACUCAGAACUCAUUUAUUUCCACCCCCACCUCCCUUAUCUCCCGCGCUCUCGUUCCCACCAUCGCCUCCACCAUGGCUGCCGUUGGCAUCACCUCCCCGCCGGCGCCGUCCGCCUUCGCGCCCGCCACAUCUUCCUGCUCCCACUCUCGCACUCCAUCCCCCGCUCGCAUCCGCUGCCUCCCCACCCGAUUCGCGGCUCUGGCGUCGUUCCGCGCGCGGUGCGCGCCGCUGCAGAUGGCGGGGUCGCGGCCUCAGAGGGCGCCGCCGCGGUGGCGGAGGUGGCGGAGGACCCCAACGCGGGAACCGACGUCGCCGGGGGCGCCGCAACCUCCACGCGGCCGCCCUACUCGCUCAUCUCCUCGGACAAUGUGCAGAAGGCGAUGCGUGGCCUCGCAAUUACAGAUGCUGAUCACUAUGGGAGGCUUGGAAUCACAAGACUCGCUUCUACUGAUGAGGUAAAAGCGGCCUAUGAGAAAAGAUGUGAAGAACUAAAUAGUAAAGAACUGGAAGAAGAGGAGCUCAACAAGGAACAUGACCUCCUAAAGGAAUCAUUUACCAUACUAUCAACUGAGGAAGAGAGAAGAUUGUAUGAUUGGAGCUUGUCCAGAAGUGGGCAACCUGAGCGAUAUGUCUGGCCUUUUCAAGUAGAUCCCCUGGAGAUGGCACCAGAUCCUCCAAAGGAACCAGAAGACGAGUUCCCAACAACGCUUGUUGGCUACUUCUUCCUGGCGUGGUUCAUACUUUCUGUUGCCUUCUCGGUGACCCUCAACAGAUGAGCACUAGAUACCUCCCCAAAGAAGAUAAAGUGUAACCCAAUACUGUAUUGCUUCACUAUGAAUAAUGUUGUACAUGACAGGCACAUGAUAAUUAGCUGAAGCACAUAGCUGCACCUCCUGAAGGUGAAACACUCCCAAAUUACCACCGAUAUUGUUUCCGACUAAAGCGAUGCUGUUAAAUGUCGGAGAUGAGAGGACUGUAUGGGCUGAACCUACUGAUUUCGCAAUUUACAUGCCUUGAAGAAA